AUGCCUCUACACACGAAGCUACCAGCGGAUAUCAAGGAGGUGGAUGUGAUUAUUGCUGGAGGUGGUCUCGCAGGAUGUGUAGUCGCUUCCCGUCUCGCCGAAGCCGACCGCAACCUUAGAAUCCUCGUCAUUGAGCAAGGUCCCAACAACUAUGGCAUGCCCGAGGUUGUACACCCAGCACUUUAUCCACGAAACCUGUUUCCUAGCAGCAAGAUCACACUCUUCUGGCCGACGAAGAAAUCGCCUCAGCUCGCGAAUAGGAGCCCGAUCGUUCCCAGUGGUGGAACCUUGGGCGGAGGAUCUGCUAUGAACUGGAUGGUUUAUACUCGUGGACAACGAUCUGACUUUGAUUCAUGGAAGACUCCUGGGUGGUCUGCUGACGAGUUGCUCCCGUUUCUGAACAAGCUCGAGACUUACCAUGGCAAAGGUAACAAAGACCGCCAUGGUUUCGAUGGACCUGUCAAUGUCUCCAAAGGCACCCAUGUCUGUCACCGUGCAGAAGACGCCUUCGUUGAAGCUGCCAAGAAACUCGGAUACCCAGAGGUGCAGGAUCUGCAAAACCUGGAUGCCAACAAUGCCAUCGAAAGAUAUUAUCGCUACGUCAAUCCAGCUGGUCGCCGUCAAGAUGCGGCCCAUAGAUACCUUCAUCCCAAGCUUCAGAGCGGAGACUAUCCAAAUCUCCAUGUACUCGUCGAGAAGCAAGUGUUGAAAGUACUCUUCGACGACGACAAGCGCGCCGUCGGUGUUGAAUAUCAGACUAACCCCAAAUACCUCGCCAAUCCGGAGUUCCUGGCCACAGCAUAUACGGCGCGACGUACGAUCAAGGCUCGCAAACUGGUGAUCCUCUCGGCAGGCGCCAACGCCACACCGGGCAUUCUGGAACGCUCCGGAGUGGGCGACUCCAAGGUCCUACAAGCCGCGGGCGUCCAAGUUGUCGAAGAUCUGCCGGGCGUCGGAAACGACUAUCAAGACCACCACCUGUCCUUGUGGUCAUACCGGACCAAUCUGACGCCCCGUGAGACCAUCAAUGGUUUCCAAGACGGUCGUUUCAACCUGGAUGAGGCCAUCAAAAACACCGAUGAACUUCUUGGCACGAACGCGAUGGACGCCCAAGGCAAGUUCCGACCCACCGAGGCCGAAGUCGAGGCUCUGGGACCUGAAUUCAAGAAAGCUUGGGAUCGAGAUUUCAAAGACGCACCAGACCGUCCCCUCAUGAUUCUUGCACUGUACUGCUGCUACUAUGGCGACCAUUCCAUCCUCCCGGACGAUGCCGAAUACGUGUCAAUGGCAAACUGGACCGCGUACCCAUACUCACGAGGGCACAUCCACAUCACCGGACCUGCAAUGUCCGACCCCGUCGACUUCGAUACCGGCUGGCUGACAGACCCUGGCGACGUGGACGUCAAGAAACACAUCUGGGCAUACAAGGUGUCCCGCGAGAUGUGGCGCCGCAUGCCCAUCUUCCGCGGUGAGCUGGCGCCCAACCACCCUUCCUUUCCCUCCGGGUCGAAAGCCGCUGUGAUCGAGAAGGCAGAUGGUCCUGUCGUGAUGGACGAUGAUUCUCGCAUUGAAUAUUCCGCUGAAGACGACAAGGCGAUCGACCGCAAGGUCCGUGAGAUUUUAUCCACGACGUGGCAUUCCUUGGGUACGUGUAAGAUGGCGCCCAGGGAGAAGAAUGGUGUCGUGGACGGGAAUCUGAAUGUUUAUGGUGUCAGGGGCCUUAAGUUGGCGGAUUUGAGUGUGCCACCUGAGAAUGUCGGUGCCAACACCGGGAAUACAGCAUUCUUGGUCGGAGAGAAGGCGGCCGAUAUCUUUAUCAAGGAGUUGGGCUUGGGAAGUGCUAAUGCCCAACCCCAGGCUAGAUUAUAG